GGAUGAGGUCUUCCAUACAUUCUUUUAUACAUUUUACUGCAGAGCAGGUUUGCGACUGAAAAUUUAAGCGUUGUACCAAAUGAAAACAACGUGGAAGCUUCAAAAGCCCGCUAGGACUAACGUUAAACCGGGACACAACAACGUCUACAUAUCUGGAGGUGUCAUGCUGCACAGAGAUUGAAGUCUGAGCUCUUAAGGAAAGGAUCUUUACUUUAGGACAAGAUGGCCUCUCAGGUGAGACUAAGGCUGCUGCCAAAUGCCAGAUGUUUGUUUGAUGAGCCCAUCCAGGUGAAGGUGGCCGGGUUAAGGUCCAAACAAGUGGUCACCAUGAAGGCCAGAGCCACCGAUGAGAGGGGGAUGGUCUUCAGCUCCUCUGCGACCUACAAAGCUGAUGGGAGUGGAGAGGUCCACCUGGACAAAGACCCCUCACUCAGUGGGAGCUACGUCGGAGUUGAACCAAUGGGUCUGCUCUGGUCCAUGAAAGCAGACAGUUUGCACAAGAGGUUUCAAAAGAACAACGCAUUAAACCCUCAUGUGGUCAAGUUUUCUGUUCAUGAAGAGGAGGGCAGGACGCUCGCAGAGGAGACCAAUGAGAGACUUCUGAUUGGAGACGGGGUCAGCAGGCUUCCUGUCAAACAUGGGAAUAUACGUGGAGUCAUGUUUACUCCUCCAGGACCAGGUCCUUUCCCUGCUGUGUUAGAUCUGUACACUUUCGGUGGAGGUUUGUCAGAGAAAAGAGCCUCUCUGCUGGCCAACAAAGGAUAUGUUGUCCUGACUGUAGCGCUGUACGGCCAUGAAGACAUGCCAAAAGACAUUAAAGAAAUCAAUCUGGAUUAUUUUGAAGAAGCAAUAGAGUUUUUGAGAAAACAAGACAAGGUGGGCGGUAAAGGAGUCGGUAUCAUAUCUCUUUCUAAAAGUGGUGACCUGGCUCUUUCAGCUUCGACUUACCUCUCAGGAGUUGAGGCUACAGUGUGGAUUAACGGCCACUGUUCAAAUACAAUCUUUCCUCUCCACUAUAAGAAGAGCCUGCUCCACCCUGCUUUACUGUUCGAUACAGGCAGGAUAAUUCCCACCGAAUCAGGGGCUAGCAUUGGCAAAUAUGCUAUGAAUAAUCCAAAACUGGAGGAGAACAAGGCGACUCUGAUUCCUGUUGAAAAAGCAAAGGGAAAGUUCCUCUUUCUGACCUCAGAGGAAGAUCUGAACUGGGACAGUAAGACCUGUAUGGACAUGUUAGUGGAGAGACUGAAGCAUCAUGGGAAGGACAACUUUGAGAGUGUGUGUUACCCUAAAGCGGGGCAUUACCUGGAGCCACCUUAUGGACCGUACUGCCCGUCCAGUUAUCAUGGGCUUUGGGGUCAACGGAUCCUGUGGGGGGGCGAGCCUCGGUCCCAUGCAUUGGCUGAGGUUGACAUGUGGAGGAGAGUCCAGGAGUUCUUCAGGACUCACUUAAGAUGUGAAGAAAAGAAAUAAUGGCAUAUAUAUUGUGAAAUUGUGUUUUUUUUCUAAUAAAUGUUUAAUUGGAUGUCUGAUCACUGAAUGUUUUAAAAAUCAAAACAGAAGAAAUCAUAACCUAACACAACAUACUACUAUACAACAACAGGUAGGGAAAAUAAAUUUGGGGAAAUUAGCCCAUGUUAACAACAUGAAAUGAUUAGAAAGCAUCUAUAAAGCCAAACUUGAAUAAGAGCCUUAACAUAAAUGUAAAUGUUAAAUAAAAGCCUGAUUGUGCCAUACAUGGAACAGUCAAAAUCAGAAACCAUAAUCAAUAAUAGGAACAGGUCUACAUGACAGUAUAAACAUGUGAAAUCAAAAAUGAA